UUCAACCCUUGACUUGGUAAAACCAAAUCCCAUACUUAUUCUGAAUCAGCAACAGAAAAAAGUGGGAAAACAUAACUGUUUCACACUAAAAACCCUCACAAACAACCACAAAACUAAACAACACACCCAUUUCUCCAAGAAACCAAAAGCUCCGAUCCAAUCCAAUGGAGGAUUAUGCAAAGCUAUUACCCCAUCAUCCACAACAUUCCUCAUCUUCUUCCUCAAUGACCCUUUUCUCCAGAUUAGAUUACAUGGAUUUGGUUAUGAAGUAUUUGGAGAAAAAACAGAGGUUGGAAAGAGUGGGAGGCGUGGAAAAGAAGUGCAUAUCUUUGGAUGUUGCACUAAAAGAUACUUACUUUAAAGGUUCAUUGUUGGAUCGAGUGGCAUCUCUUGAGCACAGACUUUUCCAGCUAUGUUUGGAGAUGGAUUCAGGCAGCUCCUCAAACCCUUCAUCAUUAGGUUCAACACAGACAUCAGCUGAUAUCAGUUCAUCUUCUCCAACUCCCAAACAGUUUUGCAGAGGGGAGCCAUCGUCUUCAUACCCCAUAUUCCAUUAUCCCAGCCAUGGAGGAACCUCAAAAAUUUCCCAAAUUCAGGUUUAAAGAGAAAAAAAAAUAAAGACAAUAAUUGCUAGCAGACAAAGAUUUGGACAGAGGAAUAAAUUAACAAGAAAUAAAAUGAUCCAGCAAUUAUAUUCCUUUGCCUCAAGUUGGGGGAGUAAUCAAUUAAGCAUUAUGCUUUUGCUUUUGCUUUUCUUUUUCAUGUCAUGAAACUUUUUGAGUCAAGUUGAUGUUGUUUGAGGCAUUGAAUAUUUUGGUGUUGCUUGGAAGCUGAUACUGAUACUGAUAAUGACAGUGAGUACACCGAGCAUCGUUACGGUCAAACGAACGAUGUCGAUCGGUAUAUAAUCGAUGGGUUGUGGGUUGUGUUUUGAUAUAUU